CAAAUGUCGAUAAACUGAAUGAGGCCCUUAAAGUGGUAGACAUGAUACAACAUCUAAUGAUCAAUGCAGGACAACUACAUAACAGUCGUCGUAUUCCGGUCGCCAUGUUAGAAAAACCUAAAGAUUUUUAUGAUAUAGAAGAGGAAUCUCCACCCCAACAAUCCCAAUUUUAA